UUCCCGUUCGAUAACUCCGUUCUGCGGCCCUGUUCGAUACGGCCGCUUGCUGUUCGAUAACUCCAUUCCGUGGCGAUGUUCAAUAAGCGAAGGCCCUGUUCAAUCACUCCGCUCCGCGUUUUCUGCCAUCCCCGCCGCUUCCCCGAACUCCAGCCCCUCGCUCUCUCUCUGUCGGCCUCUCACUUCGUCUCAAUAUGUCUCAAGAUGGCGGCCAGUGCGGGAUCGAUGUUUCAAUAUUGGAAGCGCUUUGAUUUACAGCAGCUGCAGAGGGAGCUGGAUGCCACGGCGACGGUGCUGGCCAACAGACAGGAUGAGAGCGAGCAGUCCAGGAAGCAGCUCAUUGACCAGAGUCGGGAGUUCAAGAAGAACACUCCGGAGGACCUGCGAAAACAGGUGGCUCCUUUGCUGAAGAGCUUCCAGUCAGAGAUCGACGCCCUGAGUAAGCGGAGUAAGGAAGCUGAGGCCGCCUUCCUCAAUGUCUACAAGAGGCUGAUCGAUGUCCCAGACCCCACGCCGGCCCUGGAGGCCGGCCAGCAGCUGCAGCUGAAGGUGCAGAGGAUGCACGACGUGGAGAUGGAGAACCAGAAACUGCGUGAGACGCUGGAGGAGUACAACAAGGAGUUCGCCGAGGUCAAAAACCAGGAGGUCACAAUCAAGGCGCUUAAGGAGAAGAUCCGUGAUUACGAGCAGAGCCUGAAGACCCAGGCCGAGAGCCUGGUGCAGGAGGCGGAGCUCAAACUGCACAGCGACUAUGCCGAGAAGGAGAGGAAGCUGCAGGAGAGCCAGUGCUCCAUGGCCUCACGACUAGAGGAGGCCAAUCAUAAGGCCCAGGCCCUACAGACAGCACUCGAUUCGACUCAGACGGAGCUUUUCGACCUGAAGACCAAGUAUGACGAGGAGACCACAGCCAAGGCUGACGAAAUCGAGAUGGUGAUGACGGACUUGGAGCGAGCCAAUCAGAGAGUGGAGGCAGCCGAGAGAGAGGCCACUGCCCUGAGAGAGCAGCUGAUGUCAGCUAACAAGUCCCUGCAGCAGGCCGCGCAGGCCCCAAAGGCUACCGACGCGGAGCCCAGUGUGGAGGUGCUCUCCCGCACCAACCUGGAAGUGGAACUGGGCGCCAAGGAACGGGAGGUGCUGCAGCUGGUGGAGGACGUGCAGCGGCUGCAGGCCAGCCUGAGCAAACUGCGCGAGACGUCGGCCAAUCAGAUCUCACAGCUGGAGCAGCAACUCAGCGCCAAGAGCAGCACUCUCAAGGAGCUGGAGGACAAGCUUCAGGAGCAGGCAGACUACGAGGAGGUCAAGAAGGAGCUGAGUAUUCUGAAAUCUAUGGAGUUCGGGCCAUCAGAGGGAGCAACGGUGCAGGACUCCACAAAGCCCCUGGAGGUGCUUCUGCUGGAGAAGAACCGCAGUCUGCAGUCGGAGAGCGCUGCUCUGCGCAUUGCCAACAGCGAGCUCAGCGGGCCAGCCGGACGGAAAGGGACAGGGGCCCCAGCGGAGAUUCAGCAGCCCCCCCGCGCGGCAGGUGGUGCGUCCUCCCCCCCUCCUCCCUCUCAGCUACUCCCUCGUUCUGCCCCCGAGGCCACGCCCUCCGCCAAUGGCACCCUCCCAUUCUCCCCCGCGGGUGUCGGGCAGGACUUCCUGGGGCCGGCGGUCGCUGGGGCAACGACGGCAUUCCCACUGGCGGGCAAAGUGCCCCUGAGCUCACUGCUGCAGAGACAGCUGAUGCAGAGCUUCUACUCCAAGGCACUGCAGGACUCCCCCGGUGGCGCCGUGCUCUUCGCCCCCGGCACCUACAUCAGCCACAGCCCACUAUCUGCCAGCCCCCUGCCCCCACAUUCACGGCAGGAGCCGGCCGGCAGUCCCGACCCCAACGGCGCGGCGCCUUCUCCCAGCCGCUCGGAGGGCACGGGCAGUGCCUCAGAGGGCGAGGACAUGGACACGGCGGAGAUCGCACGGCAGGUCAAGGAGCAGCUGAUCAAGCACAACAUCGGCCAGCGCGUCUUCGGCCACUACGUGCUGGGCCUGUCUCAGGGCUCCGUCAGUGAGAUCCUGGCCCGGCCCAAGCCCUGGAACAAGCUUACUAUCCGCGGCAAGGAGCCCUUCUACAAGAUGAAGCAGUUCCUUUCCGACGAGCAGAACAUUCUGGCACUGAGGAGCAUCCAGGGCCGCCAGCGAGAGAACCCCGGGCAGAACCUGAACAAGGUGUUUCAGGAGGUUCCGAAGCGGAGAGCCGGCUCUGAAGGCACCCCGCGGUCAGGCAGCAUCACCACGCGGAUCCGCACCCCCGAGAGCAGCUCUGACGAGGCCAUCAAGUCCAUCCUGGAGCAGGCUAAGCGGGAGCUGCAGGUGCAGAAGGCCGUGGAGCCAUCAGCAUCCCCCCAGGCGCCCAGGGGGGCCGGCAGCUGCAGCAGCAGCUCUGACGACGCCAUCCGCUCCAUCCUGGAGCAGGCACGCCGGGAGAUGGAGGCCCAACGGGCUGCAGCGGAGCCCCUCCUGAAGGGCAGCGCUCCCUCCCUGGCUGAGCGCCCGCUCCUCGCCCCCCGGCUGCGUGGGGCCACCCCUUCCCUGGCCGCCAUCUCUGCCUGCUCCCCCCUGGCUCUGUCCCUGAGGAAGCCUCCUGUCUCGUCCACGCCUUCCCCCCACCUGGACCUGCACCCCGCCAGCACCCGGAAGGAGAGCAGCGAGCUGGCCCCCCCUGAGGACAGGGUGGGGGCACUGUGGCGGGAUCAGUGGCGGAGCACGCUGAUCCCUGAUCGCCACAGCACACCUUCCUUGGCAGCGUACGAGAGUCAUGGCCACAAAGACCACAAGGAGGUUUCGGGUUUCUCCCAGGGCAGUGCUAGUGACUCACUGAGCCGGCCCAAAACCUGGAGCAAGGCCCCCCCGCAGAGCAUCGAGCACUGCAAACCCAUGCAGCUCUGGCUCAACGGGGAACCUGGCCUGAGCGUGGCGCCCCCUCAAGAGGGCACCCCCAAGACCUCUGCUAGCUGUAGUCCUGCUCCUGAGUCCCCCCUGAGCUCCAGCGAGGAGUCGGUGCGCAGCGCGGGCGAACCGACCAGCUACACCCCCACCCCAGAGUCCGAAGGGGUAUCUGACUCCCAGCCCGGCCUGCUGCCGGCCCCUCUGGCUGGACACCCGGGCCUCAACAUCCAGGAGAUGGUGGCCGUGUCCCCUGAGCUGGACACCUACGCCAUCACAAAGAAGGUCAAGGAGGUUCUGACCGACAACAACCUGGGCCAGCGCCUAUUUGGCGAGACCAUCCUGGGCCUGACGCAGGGCUCCGUGUCGGACCUGCUGGCGAGACCCAAACCCUGGCACAAGCUGAGUCUGAAGGGGCGCGAGCCUUUCGUCCGCAUGCAGCUGUGGCUGAGAGACCCGCACAACGUGGAGAAGCUUAUGGAUAUGAAGCGGCUAGAGAAGAAAGCCUACAUGAAACGGAGACAUGGCUCUGUGACCGAGCCACAGCCAGUGGAUAACACCCUGUCGGGGGGGGACACCAGCAGGGGCAGCAGCCCCCAGCACCAGCUGAAGAAGCCACGUGUGGUCCUGGCCCCCGAGGAGAAGGAGGCCCUGAAACGUGCCUACCAGCAGAAGCCAUACCCUUCACCCAAGACCAUCGAGGAGCUGGCCAGCCAGCUGAACCUCAAGACCAGCACCGUCAUCAACUGGUUCCACAACUACAGGUCCCGUAUACGCAGAGAGCUGUUCGUAGAGGAGAGCCAAGCAGGGGGCACCAGCGGGGCUGGGGAGGGCAAAGCGGGCGAUGCCGACAGCCGUGAUGGUACUGAAAGCAAACGCAGUGAGAGCGAAAGUGGGGGGAGCACCUCAGAGAGGGAGGGGGACCGCAGGGAGCCCCGGGGAGACGUCACCGUGGGGACGCCGGGGCCAUCGCCUGCUCCGCCGGACGCGGCCACCUCCGAGCCGGGCGCACCAGGCACUAGCGGGUCCAGCGGGGGCCUCUUCAGCUUCUCUGAGGCGGCUGCUAGCACAGAGCGCAAACCGCGGGACAGCAGCCUGCGCGAGAAAAAAGCAGCCAACCUCAACAGCAUAAUCCACCGGCUAGAGAAAGCGGCAAGCCGCGAGGAGCCCUCCGAGUGGGAGUUCUGAAGCGCCGCCCUAGAGGAGGAAGCGGGUAAUGCAGCGGGACAGGUCGAGUUACUCCGAAAAGCACUUGAAGGCCCUGCUGGACAGAGGGCCCAGGCUCCAUCCCAAGGGCUGCAGCAAGAGCAGACCCAGCUGAGGCCAUAGAGCAUCAAAUCCUAGGAGAUACCGGGUUCGAGGAUUCAAAAAACUACCGGAAUAAGCAAUCACUCCCUCUUUAGGGGAUUGUCCAUCACCUUGGUGUCCUGGGCCAUGUCUCCUCGAGUUUUUCCCUGUUUUUGCCCUUUUCCGUUCUUUUCUUUGUCAUGGAUGCUCCAUCUGGCUCGUCCCCUGGCCGUCAGCCGCGAAGAUUAUGCAGGAGUGAAGUCAGACUUGCACGGAUCGCAAGGCUGAUAUGGAGCAGUUUGAACCCCUCAGUCUGCCAUCUAAUGGCCUGGAGGAAUCCCUUACAGCACUUGGAGAAAAAAAGAAUUCUUUUUACUUAAAUUCCUUGGAAGAAAAAUGAUGUAAAGGCAGUGUUCUGGCCACUUUGAGAUUACAGAGUCUGUCGACUUUAAACCAAGCUAAGCGUGGAUCCCUGCCUAUUCAGGGAGUCAAAAAAGCAAAAGUAUGAAGAGCUACUGUUUUAACGUGUGAAACCUGCUUAAUUUGUGUAGUUUAACUUCACUUGAAGGUUUAUGUCAGGAACUUCCAGUGUGUGAGGGGGUGGGUCACAGGGCAGCUGGUAAGGACUCGUUCCUGACAGGUAGUACUGAUUUGCUGUUUUAACCCAGUUCUGUGUGUGUGUGUGUGUGUGUGUGUGUGUGUGUGUGUGUGUGUGUGUGAGAGACAGAGAGAGAGAGAGUAAAGGCCUAAUGUUGAAUCAGGAAGUUGUUGUUUUAGAUGUUUAAGCAGGAGUCUUGUAGUUGGACAGGCACGCUAGCCCAGGGCUAACGACACUAUUCCGGGGGGGUCGGGGGGCGUGCGUCCCAGGGCCGGGGUGGGGGGGGGUCAGCAGUGGCCUGGAACCAGGCCUCUGGGGCUCUGCAUAUUUACAGUCUGUUUACAUGCAUUCACACAUGUCAGAUGUUUCACAAGCACAAGAGGAGAGAAGCAGGCCAGUGUAAAAGGAAAAAAAAAAAGCCUCUCUGUCACAUGUCACAGGAAGAGCCCCGCCCCUCCGCCCCGGCAGGGCAGAAGUGAUGAUGUGGGUGAGGGGGGGGAUUGGCCGUUGGCCUCCCGCCGAAAGUCUCUGUCCGUCUCUGAGGCUGUCUGUGUGACUGAAUGCCUGUGUGUCUCAUCAGUUUGUCCUUUUCCUGCUUUUACAGCUCCAGGCCAGUAGGUAAUUUUUCUACUUCUCGUAUGAUUUUAAGAACAGUUCCUUUUUUUAUUCUGGUUAUUUAUAGACAUGUUUAAUCAGGCAUCUUACCGCGGUCGGGUUGGUGUUACUGUUCCUUUCGUAGACUGAGCAGUAUUGGCUGAUGUUUGCAGACAUGCUGUAGCUGCACGUGCAGGUGCGUCGACGAGCUCUCGCGGUUAUUCUGCGCAGCUCCGUGAGAGGGCUGCGCAGCUCCGUGAGAGGGCUGCGCAGCUCCGUGAGAGGGCUGCGCAGCUCCGUGAGAGGGCUGCGCAGCCUGCCGCCUUUUCAGGUCACCCUUUGAAUAAUGCACCCCUGUGUGCUGCCUUUCAUUUUUAGCCAUUGAAAUAUUUAAAUAGCACUGCAGUACUGAACACCUCAACAAGCUAAUAUUUAGCAUACAUUCCACAACCCCGCAUCCCGUCCCCUCCCCCGUCUGCACCUGGGCCCCCGCCCCCCCCACCCAGGCGGUGGUCUGUUAGGUCCCAUCUCCCUGGUGGCUCUCCAGGGGCAGCGUUAGUGACUCUAGGAGGCUUCAGACUCGUAUAACGAUGUCACUGAUAUUUCACUGAUAUCCACCCUCCCCCGGUAAUGCAAUGCCAGUGACACCCCCAGCGACAGCAGGAGGGUGGCAGACCAGCCAGCCGGGAAGGGAGGGGCUCUGUGUUUGGGUUACUGAGUUACCCUCAAAAUCUAGCAAAGCAACGCACCUUCUGUCAUUUUUAUGCUACGUUUCUGGCUGGACUGGUUUUCCCAUUUGGCCGGAUGUUUUUAGAAUAAGCUGUUUUAACAUAACACUUCUGCUGUCUUGCCUGAGCUUCGACUUUAAAUAUUCAUGCGAGUAUGACGGGCUGGUCCCCAUUGCGUGCCAGGAUGAUGUGUGCUAAGUGACUGAACACACGACUCUGGUGUCACACAGAGUCAGACCACGCCUCCAGAGCGCUUUGAACCCAAUAACUUAAUGGCUGUGCAGCAUGCUGUGCCCCGCACCCCCCCACCAAGGUCGGACGGCUUUGGCGUGAUAUUCUCUUUAAAUGAAGGGGAGAAAUUCAAAGGCCUGCUGCAUGGUUCCCUGCUUAAUUAAACGUAAAAGGUCACCCUCCCCACUUGCUUGGUGGUUGAAACUGGAGUCUCCUGGAGUCCAGACGGUGGUCCCCUGUUUAAAUAGAGGCACUGCCCUGACUGGGCGAUGACCCGACCUUUUUCACGGCACGUGUGUGUCUGUCUUCCUGAGUAAAGGCCUCCAAACCUUUGGUUUAGAAUCUCUCACCUUCUGAUCAAUCCCGCGUUUAACGGGAGCCGU